GAAUGCUGUCAGAGUUGGAUGUGCAUUCGCGUGGGGCGGGUGUACGCAUUGUGGCGACGUUUCGUUUAGCGCUGACCGACGACGCCAUUGUUAACCGAGCUUGUCUUACGACCGACGCUCCGUGAUUUUGGCUUUUUAAUCAUUGUGCAGUUGAGAUCAUACGCUAAUAAAACGUCUGAUCAAAUUCAACAUGGACUUUAACGCACGCGGCUAUGCCCGAUAAAUUCCACACUCGUCGCACAGGGCUUUAAUAAUUCCCGUAGUAUCCACCCUUGUCUCGUUACCCUGUUCCUGGUACCGCUGCUGCUGUUCCCGUUCCUGCUGCUCCAUCAGGUUUCGUUGCACUCGUCAAGACUCGCUCAGGCUUUUGACAGGUGAUACCCGAUGGUUGAAGUGUUAUUGGAAGGGAUAAUCCAGGGGGUUGAUAUCGUCGACCUUUCAUAACGUGUACAACGUCAUUCAAAGGUUUACAAUCGGAGGAUAAUAACUCGUACGUAAUAAACGGUAAAUUGGUGCUCCUAGUACUAGUUCUUCGAUUUGGUUUUCUAAUAGCUGGUUCGUUGGUGUUAGGUAGUUAGUUUAAGCUAUAGAUUCAUAGCUUUACGUAUUAUUGUCACGUAAAAUCUCCGCGCCGGUCUACGAAUUGACAAAAGUGUUUUAGUGCAGUGACGGUGUGGCAUUAUGUGAUUGUGUUUCGUUGUGUUUCUAGAGCAGCGACGAAUUCAAAUAUGUCAAGGAUGCAGGGAUCGGUGCAUCGUAAAGGGCGUCGCGGGAGCGCCUUUGUAGUGCCGGAGUUACUACUACUGUCGCUGCUACUGGCUGUCGGUCUACCCCUCGCAAACGGAUUAUGCGAAUUCCCGUCCAGUUGGAGCGGUCACUGGUUUCAAACUGGAAAACCGGAACCAAUUUUCGUGAAUGCUUCGGUACUGAACAACCGAACAUGUCACGAAAAUAAAAAUGACAUGUACAUCGUUCGCGAACCAGCUGAUAACUGCUAUCGCUGUAUGAUCAUCAACGAACGUCAUGAAAAUGUCAUCCAGUUCAGAGAAGAAUCUUGGUGCGAUCAGCUGUCAUCUCUCGAUGAAAUGUGUAACUCGAUUUCGUCGGACGAGAGUUUAAUUUCCAUGUUUCGAUUAGACGCGAAACCAAUUGCUUGUCCAUUUACGGGACCACCUUUCACCUUCAGCUACAGUCGAGGAUAUGAGGAAUGUACGACUCCUCCUAGCCACGCGGAAAGUUGCACCGACGAGAGCAAACUUCUUCUCAAGUAUCAGGCAUGCCCGGACAUUUCGGGGACGGAAAGUAACAUUGAAGAAUUACAAUGCAUGGCAACCUGGAAGGAUGGUAGAAAUAAGUAUUAUUUAGUCGGGACGGUAAAAAACGUCAAGCGAAGCAUCGCCGCAUCUAACGAGGAUACUUUCAGAUGUUUCCUUUACGAGAAAACCUCACAUCAUUCGGGACACGUAGUUUACGAACUCGCUCAAUCUGAAGAUGCUACUUGUAACGGAUUAACGUCCGUACCUGAAGGGUCGCGAACAAUAAAAUUAACUAAAGCGGACAAGGAACAUAAUCGGUGCAAAUAUCCAUCGUGGGUGACUCAACAUCACGACUGGCAUUCGUUAGAUGGAUCUAAAACUUACCACUUUACCACAAGAAAUGCCACAUUAAAAGUUACGGCGGAGGAUAACACCGAUGACAGUUUUCAUGAAGAAAAAAUUGUCUGUCAUAAUUUGGAGAAACUAUAUCCAAACGACAACAUGUUAGGACAUACCGUCAAGCUGGUUGCUCACGUUACCAGUGGAUGCGACAGCGGAUACGUUUGUAUGAUUUUCCACAAAAGAGACGGUCAUAUUAUCGAACUUCAGCAAUCUGACACUAAGGCCAUCAUGCCAGGAGAAGCAUGCGAAUAUUCAGACCCGUCGAGAAUGCCUUACACAACUUUAAUAACUUCAACACUUCAUCAAAGAAAAUGUCCACACGCGGGUAGAUACACUAUCGUUGAUUUCAUGUUAUCUGACAUGCCACGACGACAGAGACGAUCCAUGAAACCGCUACGCACAGCCGAAAAACGAACCUGGCAAGACGACGGAGAGGACGAUGAUUGUAGAAAUGGUGCUGUUGAAAUAGGUUGCAGCUCGACUGGCCAAAAUGAAAUGACAAUUGAUAAUUCCUGCGAUAGAGAAGAAGAUGCAUAUUCAUGCCAUGGUAGCUGGGAAGAAAAUGGUACAUGGUAUACAAUUGCGUCGCAAAGGAGCAGUAAACUAACCGCUGGUCUAGGCCGAGCGUAUUGUUUUUCCAUGCGUAUGACCGAUGUGCUAUCAAAAGUACCAGGACGUGGAGGAGGUAGCAGUGGAGAUCAUCGGGAACAGGAGCUUCGGCUCUCGUCACGCUCUCUCACUUGUCAAAGAGAACUAGCUGAUCAAUGGACGUACCGUUUGGCCAGUCAAGGUGUCUGCGAAGAUUUGACUAAAGCGGCAUCCAGCACCGCCUCUUCAUCAUCUCUGUCGAGAGUCUCGUUGGUUUUGUCGGCUGGAGCAGCUGUACUUUGUACUUUACUUUCGAGGUGAUGUGCUGUGACAACCCUAACUGUUCAUCACUCUCACAUCUGAACACAACUAUUGAAAAGUAAUGAAUGACCUUGUGGAUAGCUGCAUUAAACGUUUAAUCAUAACGUUAAAUAUUCUUGAAAACCAGAAAAAAAUGCAUGUAUUUGGUCGUGUGGUAAAAAUCUGAAGUGAAUCUAAUCAAAAUUAUCCAAGGCAUUUAUAGUGAGAUGAUAUCGUGGAUACAUUUCUCGUAUAAAAUCGGAUAUACCGCGAGUUCUGCAGAUAGAUUGUCACUUGCUACAAUUUACCAGCUUGUAUAUAAAGGUUGAAUGUCUCAAAUAACAAGUAAAUCUUAUCUAUAAAUACAGCAACCAAUUUUUACUAGCCUGAAGACUCGGGAUUAAAUAAAAAAGAAACAAAAAAUGAUAAAAAGAAAUCGGUGUGUAUUUAAUCACCAAGCCGCUGUAAAUAUGAUCAGGGUAUAAGUAAUCAAUAUUUUAACUGGUUAAUCGCGAGUGAAAAUUGAACUAAGAUUUAAGGUUUAACUAUAAAUUUAGUUACUAACUAAGUAUGAAAAACGAAAGAACAAUUUUUAUUCUCUAGCUAGAAAUAAUAAUUUAAAGAAUGUAUAAAGACUGUUAUUCAAAAUAAAAAAGUAUAUGCUGCCUAUGGCAUCUGGCUACUAGAUUCAAGAAUUGGUGCGUACGGUCUUUGAAAAAAAUGUUUCCUUCAAGAUAUUCUUGGAGAACUAAGUUUCUACAAUUGCCUGCUAAGCUCAAUGGCUUAGAAGCAAUGUUAUACGUUCGCCAUGUCUGUUUACGAAUUUUGAAAAGUGUACUGUACUUAUAAAAUACGCUGCUUUAGGUUCUUAUCAGGGAGAUGUUGAAUAUACAUUGCGACAGACUGUUUUCGAUUAACAAUACUCGUUAUAUGUAUGUAUUUUUGAUAUUCUUACGUGCAAUGAGUAGUUUCCCCAGUUGUUUUUCUUUUCAAUAACUGAUCACACAGCGCCCCUUAAAACGGAAACAAUAAUGUACAUACAUAGUUCUAGUUCUAUACACCGUUUACUGCGGCAACGUUCGUCAAAGUGCGAGCGCCGAGAAAUUUUGGGAACGCGUUAUAUUCAAUGCCUCUGUGAUGUAUUGUAUAAAUCCAAGCAGCGCAGCCAAAAAUGUUGAUGUUACAUUAGCCCUAAACUAUUUUUUUUCAACAUGAAUUGUACAUUUUCUGGUAUUACUCUGUAUUUCGAUAUUCUCAGUUCACACCCGUUGUCGUUCUUACGAUUACGAAAAACUAUAGCUCUAUUCGUAAAUACAACUUUUUAUAUCUUUGAAUCAUUUUCACUCAAAUUUAAUGAAUAUCUAUAUUAUGAUUAAAUGUUUCUGUGAGAAAAUUAUUUGAAAAAUUCAAGUUGAGAAUUUCGAAACGCAGGUGUCAUAUAAAAUAAAAAACGGAAUGUAUAAUUCUAAUUAUUAAAUAGUAUGAAAGAAAAAAACAAAUAAACAACAACAAAAAUAGAAGAUUGGAUUCAGCAAGGAACAAAGUGUUGAAAAGUGUAUAAAGUGCCACUGGAAGACGCUCCUGAAAAAGUGAUUAACUAAUUAAUAAUUAAAAAUUAAACUAAACAAAAAGUAUAUAUAUACAUUCAUAUAUAUAUAUAUUUAUAUAUAUAUAUUUUCGUUUAUCACUGUGAUGAUUACAUAAUUUUAGCAAAUAAGAUGGUUUGAGUGUUGUUUUUCUUGCCACUGUAUAGUAUUGAAUAAUUAUUCAUUUUGGGGCUUUUGAAAAUUGUGUGGGCUUCAGCUUGCCUACCUUAUUACUUUGAAAAUUAUUAUGUAACUAAAGGACUAUGUAUUAUAAUAUCGUAUACCUAAGAUGUAAGAAACUCUGAAGCUAACGUCUAGUUAUAAGCAGGUUUAAUCUAGUUUUGAAUUUUUGCGUAACUUAAAGUUCUGAUUUCAUUUUAUGUUUGCGCAAUUUAUUAAAUGAACGUUUAUUUAUUCCGCCAGGGUAACAAAAUCUAACUACUAUUCUCCGAGAUAGAGUUUGAUAUCCGCGACUCACGAUUUCUGAUUUAUGACGACUGAAUGUUGAUUCCAUUUCCUGAUCUGUGCAUUUAUAUAUCUUUUGUAAUAACGACAUUAAUUUGUGACAAAUAUUUGAUAAAUUUUUCAUCUGCUCUUUCUAGGCGUUAACUGUUUAAUUAACUAGUUUAUUACACGGUACCACUGUAAGUGCCAGUCAACGCUGACUGCCACAAAAUGAGCUAGCAUCAUGUGUAAUGUUUAUUAUUAUAUUUUGAAUACGAAAUAUAUAUUGAAAAAAAGA